UACAGCAAACAUGUCCUCCUUUCAACGUUUGACCCUUCAUCGUAGCCGUGCAUACAAGAGUAAUGGCACGAAGUCCUACGUUCAUGCCAUGAGGAAGUAUGGCUUCCACCCCACAAAGCCUGGACCAUACUUCCAAGCCAAGGUCUUCGGCCAGCAAGGGAAGUUCGAUGGCGUGGGCGGACGCGUGCGCACCCAUUAUGCUUUGCGCAAGCGCGCCGUCGAAUCCUCUCAGGGUGCAGCGGCUUCGCAGGCCCAUCAGGCCGCCGCCACCGACGCUGGCACUGGAGGUGAGGUUCCUGCUCAAGAUGUUCAGAACGACUCCUUGUAUCUAUGUGAGGUUGGAAUCGGUACUCCAGAGCAGAAGGUGUAUCUCGAUUUCGACACCGGCUCGUCCGACCUCUGGGUUUGGUCGACCGAAUUGCCGCAGAGUACUCUCAGCCAAGCCAACCCACAGAAUCAGCAGGUGGCCUUUGAUGCAACCAAGUCGAGCACUUUCAAGAAGCUCAGCGGAGCGACGUGGAAGAUCUCGUAUGGUGACGGCUCGUCGGCGAGCGGCGAUGUCGGCACCGACGUGCUUGAUCUCGGUGGCUUGAAGGUGGAGAACCAGGCGGUUGAGCUCGCAAAGCAACUUUCCCAGCAGUUUGCUCAGGGCAACGGAAGCGGGCUCCUCGGCCUAGCGUUCAGCUCCAUCAACACUGUCCAGCCCACUCCCCAGAAAACCCCAGUGGACAACAUCAUCGCCCAGAAAGACGUCAGCGAGCAGCUGUUCACAGCGUACCUGGGCAGCUGGCGCGACACCGACGAGGCAGACAAGGGCCAGAGCUUCUACACCUUCGGCUACAUCGACCAAGACACCAUGACCGCCGCCGGAGCAAGCCAGCCCAACUACGCCGACGUCGACAACAGCCAAGGCUUCUGGCAGAUCCAGUCCACCAGCGCCGUGAUCAACGGCCAGACCGUGAACCGCAGCGGAAACACUUCCAUCAUGGACACGGGAACCACGCUCUGCCUCGUCGACGACACGCUCGUCGAGCAAGUGUACAAUGCCAUCCCCGGCGCGAAAUACGACCAGAACAACCAGGGCUACGUCUUCCCGUCCAACACCGCGGCCGACCAGCUCCCAGAAAUUACCCUGGCGAUUGGGGAUUCCCAGGUCGCCUUCCAGAAGGAGGAUCUUGGCUUCGCGGACGCGGGUAACGGUAUGGUAUACGGAAGCAUCCAGUCGCGCGGCUCCAUGGACAUGGAUAUCUACGGCGACGCGGUCCUGAAGGCUAUGUAUGCGAUCUUCGAUAUGAACAACGGGUCUCCGCGCUUCGGGUGGGUCCAGCGCAAGGAGGCGAACCAGAAUACUUCUGUGCCGCCGUCGCAGUGAAGAGUGGCGUCGCCUGUGCUGGGAUGAAGGCAGGAGGUAGCAUGGUAUGGAGAACAUGGAGGUAGGAAGGUGCUGGCGGCCUUGUGGACGCUCCUUGAUGGUUGGGACUUGCCUAGGCGUUCCGGAAGCUUUUUGCGCGUCACGACCUCUUCAACC